AUGUCUGGCAAACCUGCAAUACCUGAAUGGCAACGCGCCUCGGCCGAUAACGCUGCAGCGGCCCCAGAGCCCGAAGAAGCACACGCGCAGCACGCUGUCGAAGCGCCAACACCAACUGAAGACGACCUUGAAAGAGACGACAGGGAAGAGCAACCAUCUCAAGGCUCAGAGCUGCUAGACCGAGCAUCUCGCUUCCUUGAGGACGAAAUAAUCCGCGAUGCGCCGCGGGAGAAGAAGGUCGCAUUCUUGCAGUCAAAGGGCGUAAACACUGAGGACAUCGAGGCUCUGCUGGGCACAGAGCCACAAGAGGAUACUCAUGCAGAGCUCGAGGAAGUUGCGGGGCGAGCGUGGUCAACGACGCCGCCAAAGCCCGCAGAUGUACAAGAAGCAACAUUUCAGACAUGCGAAGCCACACCACCACCUCCACCACGCGAAAUACCCCCAAUCGUUACCUACCCAGAGUUCCUUGCGAACACCGAAAAGCCACCACCGCUCAUAACCACCCAGCGCCUCGUGACAACCGCAUACGUGACAGGAGGCCUGAUGGCAAGCAUAUAUGGACUUUCAAAGUACAUCAUUGCGCCCAUGACACACAGCCUUGCCGAAUCGAGGCACGAUUUUGCAUCGCAUACCCAAGAACAGCUGAAGGAGUUGAACUCAAGACUGGGGAAGGCAGUAUCGGUCGAUCCUGCUAGCAAAGUCAAGGCAAUCACAGACGUUGCAGAUGACGUCUCAGAGGCCGACUCUGACCCUACUGAGCUUUACCAUCGCGACUACGGCACCCAAACCACGCCCAACCUCUCCCGCCGACCGUCCGCCUCCGCUGCAGACCCCCACCCCACCGUGACAGCGCAGCAAAACCGUCUCAAGAUCAUAAAAUCACAUCUCGAAGAGCUCGAAACGAAUCGCGCAAACGACGGCAAAUCGCGGGAUGCACUGAGGACGAAGGUGUCUGAUUUGACGACAUAUCUGACCGAGAUGGACUACCAGAACCAAUACUACCCUAGCAUGGGCCGAUACGGGUCUACCUUUAAUUGGUCUGGUCAAGGUGGCAACGGGCAGAAUGAUCAGAUGGAGGUGCUGAAGAACGACAUCCGGGCUGUUAAAGGUGUCUUUUUGAGUGCAAGGAACUUCCCAGUGGGAGGAAGGGGUGCACCGCCAAUACCUACUAGCAGAGUUGGUUCGUGA